CUCUGGUAGAACUAAGACGUGUCCGCCGAUAUUUGCUUACAACGACUAAAGUGGUCUUAUCUAUAGUCCAUUUUGAUCCCUGGAUAUGAUUACCUCGUUAGGAAGAUUUAGGCACACAUUUCCCAUUUCGAUUUGACAACACACAUUAGCGCAUAGACGGGGUCCGCAUCACUAUAAACAGCGCCGUCUUUCGUAUUCCGCCUCUGCCCCUCCCAGAAUUCGAACUUGACAUUUGAAAAGUUUCCUCUCGCAAAACCCGCUUGUCUACGUUUGUGUAUCGACAGAGCAGAAUGCCGUGCCAUUGCCCAAAACCAGUCAUCCUGGACGCUAAAACAUGCCUUUCCGAGGCCUCUUCAUCAUUUCAAGAGGCAUCCCGCGGCAACACCACAUGGUCCACGUUGUUCUCAUCGCCUCAGACGCCGACAAGCUCCAUGAGCGCUGGUGUGGCGACAUGCCCCUCGAACGGUUCGCUUGCGCUUCACAGGCAUCAGCAGCCUGAAAUCUACUAUAUCUUGUCAGGCUCGGGGAUAGUGCAGGUCGAUGGGGUUCGUCAUCAGGUGUCAAAAGAUACCGUAAUCUGGAUACCAGGGAACGCGGAACAUGGGGUCUCGUGUGGUCCUGAUAAUAACCUUGUAUGGUUCUACGUUUUUCCUGAGGGCAGUUUCGAGAGCGUGAUAUAUCGCUUUUCAAAUGAAGAGGGCGAGGCCUUUAAACAAUCUAUUUAGAGAGACUUUGAUUAGGUUACUUAUAAAAAUAAUUUUACCCAG